AUGAGUGUGCCGCGGGCUAAUGUCGUGCUUGACGUGGUUAUAGUUGGGGCCGGCAUUGGCGGCAUGGCCGCAGCCCUGACCUUGGGUCUAAGAGGCCAUCGUGUCGUCGUCCUUGAAGCAGCCCCAAAAUUGAUGGAGGUUGGAGCCGGAAUCCAAGUGUCACCGAACAUGCUAAGGAUGUUCGAACGUAAGUCCGCGAUGGGGGUUUCCGACUUGAUUCACGCCCAAGAUGUCGCACUGGAGCACAUCCACGUACGACGAUGGGAGGACGGUAGCAUCCUUGCCACGAUGCCGGUCAACAAGACCUUCGGCCAGCAGACAGUCAUCCACCGUGCAGAUCUGCACAAUGCGCUCAUUGAAAAGGCCCUGGCCCUGCCCAAUGUAGAACUGCGGGUGGACUCGCUGGUCACGAAUGUCGAGUUCAGCCCAGCAUCCGCCACACUCGCCAAUGGAAGCAUUGUCCGUGGUGACAUCGUUAUCGGCGCCGACGGCAUCAAGUCCACGAUUCGGGGACACCUGUUGGAAGAUCUGUCCUUGAAGGCCAUCGCCACGGGCGACGCUGCAUACCGAAUCAUGCUUCCGCGCAGCGUGAUGGAGAAAGACCCCGAGCUGAAGAAGUUGAUCGACGAGCCGCAGGCGACUCGUUGGCUCGGUCCUGGACGCCAUAUCAUCGCAUACCCCGUCCGCAAUCACCAGUUGUAUAACGUUGUCCUGCUGCAUCCAGACCGGCACGAGGUUGAGGAGUCAUGGACGACCAAGGGCUCCAAGCAAGCAAUGGUCGAUAACUAUGCCGGGUGGGAACCGAAAAUCAGGAAGCUAAUCGAUCUGGUGGACGACGAUGAGGUGCUGGAGUGGAAGUUGUGUCUGCACCGCCCACUGAAGACGUGGAUUCGGGGCUCGGUGGCUUUAAUUGGCGAUGCGUGUCACCCCAUGCUUCCGUACGUGGCACAAGGUGCGGCGCAAGCCGUCGAAGAUGCCGCAGCUCUGGGUGUUCUCCUAUCGACCAUCUCAUCUCGACACGAAAUCCCACGCGCGUUGCAAGUAUAUGAAGAGUCGCGAAAACCGCGUGCAGAGGCAGUACAGCAAUCGGGUUCCGAUAAUCGUAUCACUCUGCACUUGCCGGAUGGACCUGAACAGGUCGCUCGUGAUGAGCAGUUCCGGGCCUCGACGGUGGGAUCGAACCCGGAUAAAUGGUCCGAUCGUGAGAUGCAGCGAGUUCUGUGGGGAUGGGAUGCUGAGAAGGCUGCUUUGGAGGCUUGGAUUGAAGCAAGCACCGAGGGCAAAGUCAACGCCAGCCUGUAG